AUGUAUACAGAAGAAAUUAAAAGUACCAAAAGUAUUAAUUGAGUUUAUUUUCUUAGUUGCUCUUUUUGGAAAUACAUUUGUAGGAAAGACUCAUUUAUUUACUAAGUAAUUAAAUAGAAUAUAAUUUUAGAUUUGAUUGGGAAAGGUUGCCGAAAGUGAUCCAUUCAAAUAUACUUACUGUAGGAUAAGAAAGAUACAAAUAAAUUAGUUUGUAGUAUUCUUAUUUAUUAUAGCAAUUAGUCAUAUUAAAAAAGGAUAAGGGAUUUAUUUAGUUUAUGGUUAAUACAGGAAAGGAGACCUUUAAUAAUUUAAAAGUUUAGUUAAAUGA